AUGCCCUCCCUCUUCGACAUUCCCAAGGAACUCCGUGACUACAUCCUCGAACUUGCGCUCACCACCGACCUCGCGCUGCCCGCCAGUCUUGCCACGGCGUCGCAGGACCGGGUUACCUUUCUCAAAGACAUCAGUUAUGACGCGUGGGACUAUGGCCCCAAACACAUCAAGUACGACCACCGCAAUCAGGCGACUACCAGUCUGCCUCUCCUCCUGGUCAACCGCCGGCUCUCUGCCGAGGCCAAGGCCGUGCUGAAGCGUCUCCGGAAGAUGGCAUACAGCAUCGACGUGAUGUACGUCGAUGACCGGGAGCUAUGGCCCACCUGGCUUUGUGUGCCCGCGCUCUUCUCGACCCGCGUCGACCAUGUGGUCGCCACGUUCCGGGCGUUCAGCACGGGGGAGAUCUACGUAGGUACGAAGUCUGGGCUUUUCGCAGGCGACGGUGCACCGGAGCAGAUUGUGUGGUGUUUUUACGGCCUGAUGGAGUGGUUCCUAAAGUGCGGACCGGUAGGCAAGCAACAACGACGACGAGGAGGGGAGGGCUCGCAGGAGAAGGACGGGGGCGUGAUUGCGCAGGUCUUGACCCUGGACUGUGUAACGCCUCCGGACCCGAGUACGCUGCCGGCCCCGGAAGUGACAUAUGGGGACUGGAUACGGCCUUGGGCCCGUCCCUACUUGCCUGUCCGUGGCAGCAAAGAACCGCCCAAGGGUGUUAUGCGUCCCGAAUGGCUGGCCAGAUUCAUUAUCGGUAAGAUCAAUAUGCUCCUUGACAUGAGCUACCAUACAGCGUAUUACGGGAGGAUCAUGUACGAGCGGAUCGGCGUCAUCCGGGUCUGCGUGGACGGGAAACUGGAGCGCGAAAUGAAUCUGGCCGAGAGACUGGCCAAGCUUCGAAAGGAGGGUCCGUCGGACACCUUCGGCAAUGUGCUGCGGGAAGAUCGCCAGAGAGUCUUCUGGCAGUGGAAGAAGAGAGCGCUGGAGAAACGGCGGGAGGCGGGUCUUCCUGUCAUUUUUCCUGAUGACCCGGAUUUGUCGAAGUUUGGAUAA